AUGGCUUCCUACGAGAAGAAAGGUUACGAUGUUGAGUAUCAGUAUGGGGCGGACGACCAGCACCGCUCCAGCAUCGUCCCUGAUCAAUCGGGCGCCGUCCACGGCGAGUUGUUCGUGACUGGCGAUACUCUCUACGCUAAACUCCAGCGUUUGGCAGGACGUUUUAGAAUAGAGCAGAGAGGCAUCGAACGAGUUCCUGAUGAUGAAAGGACAGAUAAGAGUACUUUCAAAGUCGGCACGAUGUGGCUGGCGGCCAACAUGGUUGUCUCUUCCUUUGCCAUCGGCGUCCUUGCGGUUCCCGUCUUCGCGCUGGGUUUUGUCGACUCUCUGCUCACGAUCUUGUUCAUCAACAUCCUUGGUAUCAUUCCAGUCGCCUUCUUCUCCACCUUUGGGCCUCGAUUUGGCAUGCGACAGAUGAUCUUGUCCCGCUUCUGGUUUGGAUAUUACGGUGUCAAGCUCAUUGCCAUCUUCAACUGCCUCGCCUGCUUGGGCUGGUCCUCCGUGAACGUGAUCGUCGGCGCUCAACUUCUACACGCUGUCAACCCUCACGUCCCAGGCUAUGCAGGCAUUAUCAUCAUUGCAGCCGGCACUUUCCUCAUCACGCUCUUCGGCUACAAGGUCGUGCACAUGUACGAGAUGAUCAGCUGGGUCCCCUGCUUUGUCAUCUUCCUGAUCGUGCUCGGCGAAUUUGCUGCUCACGGCUCCUUCGAAAACCUGCCCAUGGGUAGCGGUGAGGGAGAAGCCGGCUCGAUCUUGUCGUUUGCCGCCUCUGUCUUCGGUUUCGCAACUGGCUGGGCCUCCUAUGCAAGCGACUACACCUGUUACCAACCCGUCAACACCCCGCGCACCAAGGUCUUCUUCUACGUGUUCGCAGGACUUUUUUUCCCUCUGUGCUUCACUGAAAUGCUCGGCCUGGCCAUCGCCACCGCGACCGUCAACUCCCCCGCCUACGCCGACGCCUACGCCAGAGACGCGGUUGGCGGCCUCUUGCACCAAGUCCUCGUCCCCCCCCUAGGCGGCUUCGGCAAAUUCUGCCUCGUGAUCCUCGCCCUCUCCAUCGUCGGCAACAAUUGUCCCAAUAUCUACUCGCUGACAUUCUCGUUACAAAUUCUCACGCACUACGCGCAGAUGAUCCCUCGAUUUCUCUGGACUCUCGUCGGCACCGUCAUCUACUGCGCCAUCGCCAUCCCCGGUUACUCGCACUUUGAAUCCGUGCUCGAGAACUUCAUGUUAGUCAUCGGCUACUGGCUCGCCAUCUAUGAGGGUAUCUCGCUACCCGAGCAUUUCCUCUUCAAGCGCGGUUUCUCCGGCUACUCGCCCGAACACUACGAUCAGCCUAAAUACCUGCCUCCCUCGAUCGCGGCACUCGGCGCGUUCUGCUUCGGUAUCCUGGGUGCCGUCAUGGGCAUGGCGCAAGUCUGGUUCAUUGGUCCCAUCGGCAAAUUAAUCGGUAUUGGGUACGGUGGUGAUAUUGGCUUCGAGCUGGCUUUCAGCUUCACCGCCGUCACGUAUGUUGUUUUUAGGUAUUUCGAGUACCGGUAUUUCCAUCGAUGA